AAAGCCAACAAAAUGGUUGAUAAAAUUCAACCUUACAAAAGUCUCCCAUGUUUUUAAGCCUUUAUACAAAUCAUCUUCCUAGCACCAUUCCAACAUUGGUAGGUGCUCUCAGCAACCUCACUGUCUUAUAUUUAUUCAACAACCAACUUUCUGGUUCCAUUCCUAAAGAAUUAGGAAACUUGAAGUCCCUAAUUCAUCUUAUACUGAGCAGAAAUAUGUUAAAUGGUAAUGUUCCAAUUUCCUUGGGCAAUUUAACCAACUUGGAAGUUCUAUACCUUCGUGAAAACCAAUUUUCUAGUUUCAUUCCUCAACAAAUAGGAAAUCUGACAAAGUUGGCUAUACUACAGUUGGAUACAAACAACUUCACUGGUUUUUUGCCUCAAAACUUGUGCCAAAGUGGUUAUCUUCAAAAAAUUUCUGCAAACAACAACCAUCUCAUAGGUCCAAUACCAAAAAGCUUGAGAAACUACAAGAGCUUAAUUAAAGUCCACCUUGGAGACAACCAACUCAGUGGAAAUAUAGCUGAAUAUUUUGGUGUCUACAAUAACCUGGAGUUCAUGGACCUAAGCAACAAUAGAUUUUAUGGCGAAAUCUCAGAGAAUUGGAGUAGUUGUCCACAACUAACUACCCUACGGAUUGCUAGGAACAAUAUUAGUGGUGCCAUACCACCUAAAAUUGGAAAUUUAAUUCAACUCCAUGUACUUGAUCUUUUUUAUAAUCAGUUAAUUGGGAAGCUUCCAAAUGAAUUUUGUAAGUUGACUUCUUUGUUGAAGUUGAAGUUGAAGUUGAAUGGAAAUCAACUUUCUGGUGAUAUAUCUCCAGAGUUUGGAUCAUUAACAAAUCUUGAGUAUCUAGAUCUAUCAACUAAUAGAUUUGAUAAGUCAAUCCCCACAAAUAUAGGGAACCUUUUGAAACUAAAUUAUUUGAAUAUGAGCAACAACAACUUUAGCAAUGACAUUCCAAUUAAAAUGUGCAAUUUAGCUCAUUUGUCACAGCUAGAUUUGAGUCAUAACUUGCUCGAAGGAGAGAUACCUUCACAAAUUGACAAUCUUCAGGACUUGGAGAUGUUGAACGUCCCCCACAAUAACCUCUUUGGUGUUGUUCCAAUUGUUUUUGAAGAAAUGCAUGGCCUAUCAUAUGUGGACAUAUCCUUUAAUAUGUUGGAGGGUUCUCUUCCCAAGAGCAAAGUAUUUCAACAUGCUCCCAUAGAAGCACUACAAGGUAAUAAAGGGCUAUGUGGAAAUGUUACAAGAUUGCUACCCUGUGUGAUAGGAAGACAAGUUUCGAAGAAGGGACAUAGAAUCAUUUUCUUAAUCAUUUUCCCUCUUCUGGGAACACUUUCACUUGUAUUGAUGUUUCUUGGAAUUUUCUUAAUUUUUCAAAGAAAAAGGAAGCACCCUUAUACUGAUCAAACAAAUAACAUGCACAAUGAAAAGGUGUUUUCGAUAUCAAGUUUUGAUGGAAGAGCAAUGUACAACGAAAUCAUUGAAGUGACCCAGGGUUUUAAUGCUAUGUUCUAUAUUGGGAAGGGAGGACAUGCCACUGUCUAUAAGGCAAGUCUAGCAUCAGGAAACAUCAUGGCGAAGAAGAAAAUCCUAUCCUUGGGUGAUGAUGAGAUUGUACAACAAAAAGAGUUCUUCAAUGAGAUAAGGGCAUUAAUAGAAAUCUGGCAUCGAAAUAUUGUGAAAUUGCAUGGCUUUUGUUCCAACUCACAACACUUGUUCUUGAAUUACGAGUACCUUGAAAAGGGUAGCUUGGACAUGAUUUUUACCAAUGACAGAGGAGCAAAAAGAUUGGACUGGAAUAAGAGGGUGAAUAUCAUCAAAGGUGUUGCUUACGCUUUGUCUUACUUGCACCAUAAUUGCUCACCACCAAUUGUUCAUAGGGACAUAUCAAGCAAAAAUGUUUUGCUAGAUUCUUAAUAUGAGGCUCAUGUUUCAGACUUUGGCAUAGCUAAGCUUCUUAAUCGAGACUCAUCCAAUUGGACUUCAUUUGCUGGCACGUAUGGAUAUGUUGCACCAGAGCUUGUUUAUACAAUGAAGAUAAAUGAGAAAUGUGAUGUUUAUAGUUUUGGAGUUUUGGCUAUUGAAGUGAUCAAAGGAAGACAUCCUGGUGAAAUGAUCCAAAUUCUAUCUGCUUCAAUUGUGGGGGAUAAUUUACUGUUGAAAGAUUUGUUAGACUUACGCCUUUCACCUCCCACUCUUCAGCUUGAGAGUCAAUUUCUAGUCAUCAUAAAGUUGGCAAUUGCAUGCUUGCAUGCAAAUCCAAACUGUAGACCAACUAUGCACAUGGUUUCUCAACUGUAGUCAAUCCCUAAUGCACUUUCCUAGGGCCACACAAUCUCACCAGGACAAGCAAGGAUAUAGUGAAUUGUUUGGAAUGUGAUAUAAUCCGUCAAAUUUAUGCUGCUGAAGGCAAUUGUUUGUUUAUGAUUAUGUAAUGGCUAGAGUACUAGUAGAUCUUUAAUUGCAAGUACUAAUAAAUUACUGCUGGUAA